AUGACGGCGAGGACAAAAAGGUCCGGCCCGAAAAUUGGGGUUUGGGGGUUGGGGAUUGGGGGUUGGGGGAACUGGGAAGUGGAAGAUCUCAUUGCUCAUUCAAACAAAGAGAAGGAAUGGAAGCACAUCACGACUUUGCAGAUGGCGUUUAUAACCGAUCGACAACCUCUUUCACGAUGUGGUUCAGUCAAAGGUCCAUCUCAAACCUCGAAUCAAUUCCAUCAAAAGAAAUAUCCCAUUUAUCGGCAAAAUUACCUAUCUGCUGCUGCUGCUGCGUUUUGUCUGUCUAGCUGUUGUUGGAUUAACACCGUCCCAUGUGAAGGAGGAGAAGGAGUGUUAAAGUUUGCAAGUACCGUGUGGCCCCACUGGGCGCGAAAAAUGCUUGUUAUUUACCGGGCGGCCAGAAAUUUGUGUGAGAGAUGCCGCGGCAUUCUACUGCAAGGACUCUUUUUUGUACCGAAUCAUAAAGUAUCACUCGGCGGUCACGGUUGCCUCAGUAACCUGAAGGAUUCAAUGGUUACAGAGGUUCUCAAACUCCGUAGCAGGCUUGCUACAUUGUCGCUAUGGGUCAUUGGCAAUUUUGAGUACUCUACUUUCAUAGCUUCUGCUACUCUAUCACCGGAUUUGGUCGUUCAAAUAUUUCGGCGUGUGUCACUCCCGGCUCAUGGAUCAUGGGUCUAA